AUGUCACAACUUCCGUCGAUCCGUUGGGGUAUCUUGACCACGGGAAAAAUCGCCUCCUGGUAUGUGUCCGAUCUGGUCCUCUCUCGCCCAGAUGCGAAAGUUCGCCAUAUAGUGCAAGCCAUCGGAACGUCAGACGUGAACAGGGGGAAAUCCUUCACCCAGAAGUACUGCCCAGACGAGAACCCCAGCAUCUAUGGUAGCUACGAGGAAGUCUACCAGGAUCCGAAUGUCGACAUCGUCUAUAUCGGAACACCGCACGCUUUCCAUAAGAAAAAUUGCCUGGAUGCCAUCGCAGCAGGAAAAAAUGUACUCUGCGAGAAGCCUUUCACUCUCAAUGCCCGUGAGGCAAAGGAAGUUUUCGAAGCAGCCAAGCGGAAGGGAGUCUUCAUCGCCGAAGCAAUGUGGCUCCGCCAUCGACCGCUAGUCCUCGAGCUCCAGCGUCUCCUCCAUCAAGAGAAAGCAAUUGGUGAGAUUUUCCGAGCAACAUCCGAUUUUGGAUCCGAGCUCGACAUUCCAAAUUUGCCCUUGGACAAGUAUUAUCGCCAGAACGCGCUGGGAGCGGGCUCUUUACUCGAUAUGGGUAUCUACUCAUUGACAUGGGUGAUGCUAGGUCUUGACGACCCCGGGCUCGCAGCAAAUCGGGAGAAACCGAAGAUUCUCGCCUCGCAGGAUCACUGGGAAGAUGUUGAAACAGCCACCAGUGCCAUCCUGCAAUAUCCUGGAAGACAAGGAAUUUUCACUUCCACAACCAAGGCGAGCGGAAACCCUGACCUGCUUGCUCGCAUUUAUGGCACUGCUGGGUCUAUUGAGGUCCAUGGUGGCUGCCCCUCACUACCAGAAGGUUUCACCGUCUACCCGACAUUUGGAGGAGAGCCUGGGAAAGAGGCGGAUAGUAAGCUUACUCGGGGCCAAGGAAAGGUGUAUGACUUCAACGCUCCGGGGCGCGGCUUUCAAUACCAGGCUGAUAACAUCGCUUUGGAUGUACUGAAUGGAAAAUUGGAGAGCUCUAUAAUCCCCCAAGCCGAGACCAUUCGAGUGAUGGAGAUCAUGGACGAGAUUCGACGACAGGGAGGUACACGAUACCCAGUGGAUUAG